AUGACAGCCUCUGUUCCCGCACGUGCUUCCGGCGUCAUCUACUCCUGCGUCAACAUGGCGGCAUCCGUGGCAUCACAAGUGGCUGCUCGAAGACUGAGGACCGCUGCCUCCAAACCGGCGCUGCUGGACAAACUGAAGAACCCGCACCGGAGCCUUAUCUGGUCACCUUCUCCGCUGCUUACGCAAAGAUCAAAGUUUACCCUGAAGCCUCACAGUUCUCUGCUCUGCCCCAGGAGCUUCUGUCGGAGGGAUUUAACACCCAGCCUACGUCAUCAGCCUACGUCAGCAGCCUACGUCAUCAGCCUACGUCACACCUACGUCACAGCCUACGUCAGCUCGCCUACGUCAUCAGCCUACGUCAUCAGCCUACGUCAUCAGCCUACGUCACAGCCUACGUCAUCAGCCUACGUCAUCACCUACGUCACAGCCUACGUCAUCAGCCUACGUCAUCAGCCUACUACGUACGUCAUCAGCCUACGUCAUCAGCCUACGUCAUCAGUCAUCAGCCUACGUCAUCGCUCCUACGUCAUCAGCCUACGUCAUCAGCCUACGUCAUCAGCCUACGUCAUCAGCCUACGUCAUCAGCCUACGGUGGUUGGUUAUCAGCGUUGUAACUGA